UUGCAGCUUGCCCAAUCCCCAUCAAAGCCCAAACCCCGCCACGCACAUAAUCUUUUUCAUUUUCAUUUUCAUGUUGAGUCAUCAGAAGCUUGCCUUCUUUCUUAACUUUCAAACUAAAAUAAAAAAAAAAUGACCUCUACAUUCUAUUGGAAGGCUGGAGCAACCUUAGGCAUCACUGCCGUUGCACUCGGUGCAUUCGGCGCGCAUGGACUGGCAAAGCAUGUUAACAAUGACCCAAAAAAAUUGAAGAGCUGGGAAAUGGCAGCUAAUUAUCAGUUAGCCCACGCUAUCGCUUUGCUAGUGGUUAGUUCAGCACCUCGCGCUGUAAAUCGUUACGCGGCACCAUUGAUGCUAGGCGGAACAUUGGCCUUUAGUGGCACAAUAUAUGCCUUGACCUUGAACAGAGACCAGUUUAAAUUCCUUGGACCCGUCACCCCUCUUGGUGGCCUUGCUAUGAUGGCUGGAUGGGCAGCGUUGCUUUUAUAGAUAACUUUCAGUAUAGAAGCAAAUAGGCUACAAUUGAUGUAUCUAUCUUAAAGAAUGAGAUAAAUGCACUCUUUCGUGUUCGAUUAUGGGUAUC